CAGCAUCAGUUUGAAGUCAAAUCUGACAGCCGCUGCCUUGCCCGGUCCUUUUUCCAUCCCUUUCACUGGUGGUCAUCCCAUGCUCGUUUAAGAGUUUCAGUCGGGACUGUGGGAGCGCGUCUGAUCGCUGUCUUCAACUUGGGGUGAAGAAAGACAGGGGGAAACUCCUCGGGAUUCUCCGUACUCCGAGCUCUUUUUCGGAUAUUCUGUUUGACGUGCCAAAGUGCUUCUUAAGGAGAAUUCUGGGGAGAUUUCUUACUCUUUCAUUCCUCAAGGAUGGAGCAGCACAGUGGACCUGUGUGCUGAAGCAGCUCCCACUUUUAAACUUCAUGUUCCAGGAUGAACCAUGAGCAAAGGUUGUGAGGGCCUGUUUCUAUCGUCCUGUCAUACAGUGAGGCAGUGAGCUCACGGUAGAUACAGCAUGCAUGUGUCGACAUAUCCCAUGAUGCACUCUGCCAGUCCAGGCCUGCUCCUCCUCAGCUUCCUUUUCCUCGCUGAUGCCGACUCACCCCCCAGGUUUACGCGAACCCCAGAAGAUCAAACAGGAGUCCAGGGGGGGGUGGCCUCCUUUGUGUGCCAGGCCACAGGGGAUCCACAGCCCAAGAUUGUGUGGAACAAGAAAGGCAAAAAAGUCAGCAACCAGAGAUUUGAGGUAAUAGAGUUUGACGACGGGUCCGGCUCGGUCCUAAGAAUCCAGCCACUGAGGACCCCCAGAGACGAGGCUAUUUACGAAUGCCAUGCCUCCAACUCUGCAGGAGAGAUCACUGCCUCCACCCGACUUAGUGUGCUACGAGAGGACCAGCUGCCCUCUGGGUUCCCCACCAUAGACAUGGGUCCCCAGUUGAAAGUGGUGGAGCGUUCUCGGACCGCCACUAUGCUCUGUGCUGCUAGCGGCAACCCUGACCCAGAAAUUACCUGGUUCAAGGAUUUCCUGCCGGUCAACACGUCCAAUAACAACGGACGAAUUAAGCAGCUCCGCUCAGAGUCCUUUGGUGGCACGCCUAUACGAGGUGCCCUCCAGAUAGAGAUGAGUGAGGAGUCAGACCAGGGGAAGUAUGAGUGUGUUGCCACCAACAGCGAUGGGACACGCUAUUCCACACCAGCUAACCUCUAUGUCAGAGAGCUGCGAGAAGUGCGUCGUGUCCCCCCACGCUUCUCCAUCCCCCCAGCGGACAGCGAGAUCAUGCCAGGGGGGAACGUCAACAUCACCUGUGUAGCUGUGGGCUCCCCUAUGCCGUACGUCAAGUGGAUGCUGGGAGCAGAAGACCUGACGCCCGAGGAUGACAUGCCCAUCGGCCGCAACGUCCUGGAACUGACUGACGUACGGCAGUCCAACAAUUACACAUGCGUCGCUAUGUCGACACUUGGCGUGAUCGAGGCGGUGGCACAGAUUAUUGUGAAAGCCCUCCCAAAGGCCCCUGGUACCCCUGUGGUGACAGAGAGAACUGCAACAAGCAUUACACUCACCUGGGAUUCUGGCAACCCUGAGCCUGUCUCCUACUAUAUCAUACAGCACCGUGCCAAAGGGUCAGAGGACCCCUACAAAGAGAUUGAUGGCAUCGCCACAACGCGCUACAGCGUAGGCGGCCUCAGCCCAUACUCCCACUACGACUUUCGGGUGGCGGCCGUUAACACCAUUGGCCAGGGCCCCUCCAGCGAGGUGGUGGAGGCUCGCACAGCAGAGCAGGCCCCCUCCUCGCCUCCUCGACAGGUCAGGGGUCGUAUGCUGAGCACCACAACAGCAAUCAUCCACUGGGAUGAACCAGAGGAACCUAAUGGACAGGUGGUGGGCUACAGAGUCUACUACACCUCAGACAACACGCUACCAGUCAACCAGUGGGAGAAGCAGAUGGUGCGCAGCGCCAACUUCAUUACCAUCCAGGGUUUGACUCCCAACAAGACUUACUACAUCAGAGUGCUGGCCUUCACCUCUGUAGGAGACGGACCCCUGUCCCAGGACCUGCAGAUUAUAGCCAAGACUGGAGUUCCAUCCCAACCUUCAGAAUUUAAGGGUGAGGCCAAGUCCGAGACCAGUAUCCUGUUGUCCUGGGUGGCCCCACCCCAGGGUGGCCCCGACAACCAGAUCACAGGAUAUGAACUGGUCUACCGUCGAGCUGAUGACACAGAGGAGAAAAAAGUCAGCUUUGAGCCGACCACCUCCUACCUGUUGAACAACCUGAAGCCUUUCUCCACCUACACCUUCCAGCUGGCUGCCAGGAGCAAGCAUGGAAUUGGGGCGUAUACCAACGAUGUGUCCAUCGACACACCACAGACACUUCCUUCAGCUCCUCCCCAGGACAUCACAUGCACCAGUCCCAGUUCUACCAGCAUCCUGGUAAGUUGGGCUCCACCUCCUCUGGAGUUUCAGAAUGGCAUCAUUACAGGAUACUCCAUCCAGUACUCCACUACCGAGGGCAACAAAGUGUCUAAAAGAAUUGAUGGAAUUCUUCUGGGAAGUUCUCCGUAUCUCCUGGAAAACCUGGAGAAAUGGACUGAGUAUGGCAUAACGGUACGGGCGCAGACGGAAGCUGGGGAUGGACCAGAGAGUUUACAGCUGCUUAUCCGCACCGAGGAAGAUGUUCCAAGUGGUCCUCCGCGAGGGGUGGAGGCAGAGACUGUGAACGCCUCAGCCGUUAGGGUGAAAUGGCGAGCACCGGCGCCCGAACGGCAGCACGGUCAGAUCCGAGGCUACCAGGUCCACUAUGUGAGGAUGAACUACGGAGAACCUCAGGGUCAGCCCUUCAUCAAGGACAUCCUCAUAGAGGACUCUCAGUGGGAAAAUGAAGACUCAGCUGAAUAUGAGGUGGUUCUUGGAGACCUGAAGGCAGACACUGCCUAUUCUGUAUCAGUGGGGGCUUACACUGCCAAGGGCGAUGGUGCUCGCAGCAAACCUGUUACUGUCUGUAGCGCCCUGCCACUGCCUGAAAAGCCCAAACUGACGGUGAGUGUCACUGAUUCAGGUACUGCUCUGCUUCAGUGGUACCCACCUCCCAACCCACCCACCCCGCUCCUGGGGUACCGCCUCACCUUCGGCCACAUCGACGUCCUUCCCUUCACGGUGGUGGAGAUCCCCACCAAGGAGAACCGCUACACCGCUCAUGACAUCCAUAAGGGAGCUAACUACGUAUUCAGACUCUCUUCCCGUAACAAAAUGGGCUACGGAGAGGAGGCUGUAAUGGAGGUGACUACUCCAGAAGAUGCCCCAAGUGGAUACCCAGAAAAUAUUCUCUUAGAGGAGUCUUCUGCCACCUCCCUCCGGCUGGCGUGGAAAUCAGUCCCACUAAUUGAGCAAAAUGGGAAAAUUAUGAAGUACUCAGUUCUGUACAAGGAUAUAAACAGUCGAGGGAACGCCUCAGAAGUUGUGGUGCCCGCUCCAGGGUCGAGUGUUUUGUUGGAGGGUCUGAGUGCAGAUACUGUGUAUGAUGUCAGGUUGUGCGCGUUCACAGCUGUUGGCCCUGGGCCGUUUAGCCCCAGUGUCCAGUUUAGGACACAGCGGCUAGACCAAGUGUUUGCCACCAACUUCAGAGUAAAGGCUGCCAUGAAGAACUCUGUUCUGCUGUCCUGGGAGAUCAGAGACAAGAACCCUGCCCAGCCAUUCACCAUCCUGUAUGGAAAGGGCCAGUCUGUGGAAGUGGAUGGGAAACAGACUCAGAAGCUGAUCACUGGCUUGGAGGCGGACACCCAGUACUCCUUUCUGCUUACCAACCGGGCCAACAGCGCCGGGGGUCUGCAGCACCGCGUCACAGCCACCACCGCCCCGGACAUCCUAAAAACCAAACCCACGGUGGUGGGAAAGACCAACGCCGAUGGCAUGGUGACUGUGCAGCUACCAACGGUGCAGACCACAGCCAAAGUCAGGGGUUACUAUGUGGUCGUGGUGCCACUGAAGAAGCAGAGAGGAGGGAAGUUCCUGAAUCCCUGGGAGGAGCCCGACCAGAUGAACCUGGAUGAGCUCCUGAAAGAGAUCAACAGGACUAGUGUCAGUCGUGCCCUCCGCAUCCGCAGGCAGGCUGCCCAAUCAGACCCUAAGGCCUAUGUCACUGCUCACUUUAAGACCCUUCCCCUGGAGUUUACACUAGGUGAUGGGCGAAACUAUGGCGACUUCCGCAACCGUCCACUGCAGAACGGACAGGAGUAUGUUUUCUUUGUGCUUGCGCUACUCGACCUUUCUGAGAAUACUAUGUAUGCCACUAGCCCUUAUUCUGAUCCUGUGACCUCAUCGGAUGUGGAUCCUCAGCCAAUCGUUGAUGAGGAAGAGGGCCUGUUGUGGGUGGUGGGGCCUGUGUUGGCUGUCAUCUUCAUUGUCUGCAUCGUCAUCGCCAUUCUUCUCUUCAAGAGCAAACCUGACAGGAAAAGGGCCGAGGCUGAAGGCAGGAAGAGCAGUUUCCCCUGCAGCAAAGCCAUGUCGUCCCACCAUCCUACUGAUCCUGUGGAGCUACGCAGAAUUAACUUCCAGACUCCAGCCUACCGUGUAUCAGUGUACCGCGGUUAUCGCCGUUUGUCAAGCAUGGCAAGUCACCCACCCGUCCCCAUCUCUGAGCUGGCAGAUCACACUGAGCGCCUCAAGGCAAAUGACAAUCUCAAGUUCUCCCAAGAGUACGAGUCCAUCGACCCUGGUCAGCAGUUCACAUGGGAGAACUCCAACUUGGAGGUCAACAAACCAAAGAACCGCUAUGCUAACGUCAUUGCCUAUGAUCACUCCAGGGUCAUACUCUCCAGCAUUGAGGGUGUCCCAGGCAGUGACUACAUCAAUGCUAACUAUAUUGAUGGCUACCGCCGUCAGAAUGCCUAUAUCGCCACUCAGGGAUCCCUCCCUGAGACUUUCGGUGAAUUCUGGAGGAUGGUCUGGGAGCAGCACACGGCCAACAUUAUAAUGAUGACCAAGCUGGAAGAGAAAUCACGGAUGCCCUCUUAUUUCUUCUCUAAGGUGAAGUGUGAUCAGUACUGGCCAACACGGGGCACAGAGACCUACGGCCUCAUCCAGAUCACUCUGCUGGACACAGUGGAGUUGGCCACCUACUCUGUCAGGACCUUCGCUCUUUACAAGAGUGGUUCCAAUGAGAAGCGUGAGGUUCGUCAUUUUCAGUUCACCGCCUGGCCAGACCACGGGGUGCCUGAACACCCCACCCCCUUCCUGGCCUUCCUACGCAGGGUCAAGGCCUGCAACCCUCCAGAUGCCGGUCCCAUGGUCGUCCAUUGCAGUGCUGGAGUGGGUCGCACAGGCUGCUUCAUUGUGAUCGACGCCAUGGCGGAGCGGAUCAAGCACGAGAAGACCAUCGACAUCUACGGCCAUGUCACACUGAUGCGCUCCCAGAGGAACUACAUGGUCCAGACAGAGGACCAGUACAUCUUCAUUCAUGAUGCACUGCUGGAGGCCGUGACCUGCGGAAACACAGAGGUCCCUGCGAGGAACCUCUACUCCUACAUCCAGAAGCUGACGCAGAUUGAACCAGGAGAGAAUGUCACCGGCAUGGAGCUGGAGUUCAAGCGUCUGGCCAGUGCCAAGGCCCACACAUCACGGUUCGUGAGUGCCAACCUGCCAUGCAACAAGUUCAAGAACCGACUGGUGAACAUCAUGCCCUACGAGACCACACGUGUGUGUCUGCAGCCAAUCAGAGGAGUGGAGGGAUCUGACUACAUCAACGCCAGCUUCAUCGACGGAUACAGGCAGCAGAAUGCCUACAUAGCAACCCAAGGCCCGCUGGCUGAGACCACAGAGGACUACUGGAGGAUGCUGUGGGAACACAACUCCACCAUAGUUGUCAUGCUAACCAAACUGAGAGAAAUGGGACGGGAGAAGUGUCACCAGUACUGGCCUGCAGAGCGCUCAGCCAGGUACCAGUACUUUGUGGUGGAUCCCAUGGCUGAGUACAACAUGCCCCAGUACAUCCUCCGAGAGUUCAAAGUCACUGAUGCCAGGGACGGCCAAUCGCGGACAGUACGUCAGUUCCAGUUCACUGAUUGGCCAGAGCAAGGAGUGCCAAAGUCAGGGGAGGGAUUCAUUGAUUUCAUUGGCCAGGUGCACAAAACUAAAGAACAGUUUGGCCAGGAUGGGCCAAUUAGUGUGCACUGCAGUGCUGGAGUAGGGAGGACCGGUGUGUUCAUCACCCUCAGCAUCGUGCUGGAGCGGAUGAGGUACGAGGGAGUGGUGGACAUCUUCCAGACUGUCAAGAUGCUGCGCACCCAGAGACCUGCCACCGUUCAGACAGAGGACCAGUACCAGUUCUGCUACCGGGCCAGUCUGGAGUACCUGGGAAGCUUUGAUCACUAUGCAACAUAAACCCGAGUGGCCGUCUCUCAUACCACAUCCCACCUAGCGCACUUUUCUUCGGUCAAAUGCAGCCUGAAUUAAUGCACUAGGCUGCGAUGUGUCUUUGAAGAUUUUUGCCACCACAUGCAGAGUGAAGGGGGACCAUCGGCUUUCCCGUUCCCAGAAACAGCACCUCUAACUGAGCCAUAGCAACCUGCUUGACAAGGGUGUUUCCUUCCACCCUCAGCCCAAACACACCCAUUGGUCAGUCUGAAGAAGCAACUUCAACCACUGUUCCAAUCAGAAUACUUGAUCAAAUAUUGAUUUUUUUAUUUGUUUCAGUGCUUUUGUGAGCACCCAGAUUGCUUUACAUUGUUUGGGUGGGGAACUCUCACCUUGUCCACCACCAGUGUAGCAUCAUCACCAACCUAAAUACAGGACCCGGCUACAGUAUUUAGCUGUCACAGGAAAUUUAGAUUUUUCUAUCUUGAGGACUGUCUACAAAUCCAUCUUAUGGAAGCCUCGUGGACUGAAAGAACUGGGACAUUUGAGCACCAGAGAAGUGCCAACAGGAGACUGAAAACACAGAGCACCGUAUUAAAAAGACAAAGAACACACAUCCCAAAAAAAAAGACACCAAGAAGUGUUUUUUUCUGUUUUGUUUUGGAAAAAGACUCUUGUUUCUUGUGAAUGAAAAAGAAGAUAUUUCUACCAUACAGUAAUAAAAACCACCAGUUCAACCUUAUGCUUCAUGAUUUAAGAUAAGGGAAACUUAAGAGAGGUUUAGAAUGCAUACCACAAAGUAAAACAUUAUUUUAGUUUUUUAGAAAAAUAUAGAUAUGUGACUAUCUUGUUGUUGUUUUUUAAACUGGGUAUUCUUUAUGGCACGUUCUGGUUUUUUGUUGUUUUUUUUACAGAUUUAUGACUUUGUCCCCACUGACCAUACAAAAGCAAAGUUGCAUUUUUUUCCCCGUGUAAUCCAAUGAGCUGUAGCGAUUUCUUUUUAAAGUGAUGCGGUACUGUUUUAAAGUGUACAAUCAAAUCUAGUGUGGAAAAUGUUCACAAUUCUAUGGAAAACACCACUAUUGAGUGUCACGCUCCUAUAUUCUCUACCCACUCUGUUUUUAAAAACACACGUUUUGCAUGCACACAGGACUCUCAACCUCAUUUCUAUCUGGCCUGCAGUGUCAGAGAAGAUGGCCAUUUUUGAAUUCCCAGGGGCAGACAGAGGUGCAGUAUUCACUCUGCUGCUACCAGGAAGUCCCGAGAAUAAUCUCGCCAAGUUGUUCUGUGUGCAGGUCGAGAGAAAGCCAGAUAGAAUUACAGAGAGUAUGCACAGAAAGCAAAAUAUGAAAAAAAAAAUAUUUAUGUCCAAAUAAGCUUCACAAAGAUUUCUCAAGCAGGGAGCAAGAAAGGGAUGUAGAAACUGGGGUGGAAUGGAGGGGGGAGGUCGGAGAAGGAACACUUUUCUCACUGAAAUGCUCACCUAUGACUUUUCUCUCUGAUUCAGUGUGCAAUAAGUAGAUGUAUUAUAUAUUUUUGUGUCCACUCACUAACUGCAGUUAUAUGCCAUUAUGAUGACGGUGAUAUUGAUAAUGAUGAUGCAUCAUUUUCCAGACACAAGGAUGUUACGCUUGAUAUGGUUCUUGCCACCGUUUGAUGUGUCCAAACAGAGGGAUGACCUCUGAUCUCUUAGGAAGUAAGAGACAUUUUAUCAUGUCACAACUCCAGUAGAUGUCAUCUUUCUGUGUGUCACGGCAACCAACAAAUGAUCAAACUCAUACUUUAAACAGCAUCUAAUAAGUAUUUUGAUUUUAGAUUUCUAGUGCCUUAUAUUACACGCCUAUUUUGAUAAAGUUACUUUAAAGGGUUUUUUGUGUAUUUUAUGUAUGUAUGCUUGUAUGUAUGUGAACUGAAUGUCUAUGUAUAUGAUUUUGUUGUGUUACAGUAUGUGAAAGUAUCUUGUGUGUUCUGUUUUUGGCUGUGAAAUUUUGUAUGGAAGGCUCUGCAUAGGCCGAAUAGUUGUACUCAUCACUUUCAAUCCAGCAACAACAUCAUCAUAUCUCUUCUACAUGAGACUCAACUACAGAUAAAAAAAUGUGGUUUCAAAACAGGUUAUUAGCAGGAUGGUCUGAUCAUUUUAGACAAAAAAAAAGUGUGAAUGUCGACUGUUUGUGUCUUUUCUUUCCUGGGACACUUGCCCAAGCUUUGUGUGUAUACUCAGACUUCAGUUGUUGGCCACACUGACGACUUUGGCACCGACUGUGAGCUGGCUCAGAAAAGUCAUACUUACUCAGCUAUUUGAAAUCUAUAUAAAGCUCAACGGCAGUGGCUAUCUUUGUCAGUUUGGAGAAAAAGCAAAAUAACAAACCACACGGAUAUCCACCUAUCCCACCUGAAGCCCUCCACCUAAAAUCACUGAAACUGCUCAUCUGUGUUCCUCAUUCCUUGCCUACAGUUAUAUAUUAUUUUCCUAUAGCGACAAAGGCUGAGAGAAGUUCAGGUGCUACGUCUCCAACAACACAGAACCCACAUCAUUUUUUUUGUAUCUCUAUUAACGUUUGACCAUAUAAGGGAUCAUUGAGUUUCCCACCAUCUAACAGUAACCCUGUUGUUGUUUUUGUAUGCAUGGUACCACUUUUGAGAUGCCCCUUUGGUUGCACCUGUUAUGGGAAGACUUGCACUUUCUCUCUUUGUACUAUGCACUAAUACUAGUAUCCUAUUAUCUCUGAUAGCCCCCCCCCCCCCCCCCAAAGGAGUUUUACUUGAACUCAGUAAAGAUGGAUCCUGUAAUGCUCACAUGGUUGUGUAUAUGUAAAUAACACAAAACACAGAGAGUAAUUGAAAUGCAUAAAUAAAUGAAUAAAUAGAUAAAUGAUUAAGGUAACCAGUGAAUAAGAAUCUAUCAGAUAUACAGAGUGAUAUAAUAAAAGGAUGCACCUGAAAUCACAGUUUAUGGCACAGCAGUAUGUGCAAUACAUCACAUUGUGGAUUUGUUGUACCACAAAAGAGAAGUUUCACAGAAGGUGUUCUAUUUUAGCCCCCAAUGUAUAAUGUAGAUGGAUAAAACUGGAGUUUAUAAAUUGUAUAAAAAUUAAAAUAUGGUGUGUUACUUGGAUCAAUUACCUCCGAUUGGUCUAUAAAUGUAAACUUUUUUUUGGUUUGUUAUCUGCUCCGAGUCAACAAGUGCUUUUUAUUUUCUUACAUUGGUUCUUGGAGCGCGUGAAAACCGAAAAACAGGUCUGGAUUUCUGUUCUCUGUCGACACAAGUUUCAUUUGUUACAAAUAAACUCAAGUGAAAUAA